GAAAAAGCACCGUGGGAAUGACGGAGUACAGCGUGACAACCUAGACCAUAGCUAACGAUAGGAGACGGUACAGAAUAGCACAGAAACAACGAAGAGUGAGUCGCUUUCAGCCCAUAGUGGCGACGGCUGUGACGAAGGCAAAGGAAACAACAUAUCAUUAUGAUCAAAACCGCCAAAUCUUCUCCCAAUGCCAAAAAUGUUGUCGAUGAGAAGGAGACAGAAGCAAAAGCAGAUACUAAAAAUGUUGUCGAUGAGGAGACAGAAGCAAAAGCAGAUACUUACGAAAAGGAGUAUCCGAAGUUGGAAGUGGAAAAACUCGAACAGAUAAGGGCAAAAGAGUACUCCGAGAAAUCAAACGACGAACGAGAGAGUCUUCUUAACGAACUACACGGAGUUUCGUCCCGUGCUGUUCCUGAAAACCCUGAAAUGAUACAUGCCGCCCUGCUCUUAUUUCAGCUGGAGCUCGAUAAAUGCAGUCUUGAGCACGAGAAACGAGCGUAUCUCCGGGCAUGUUCUAUGAAAAGCACCUAUGUGCAUUCCGUUGGCUUUCGAUUAAAAUUCUUGCGUGCGGAAUUUUUCCACGUUCAAAAUGCCACACUUCGAUACCUUCAAAACCUCAACUACAUGUUGGAUAAAUUCGGCGAGAUUGCCUUGAUGAGGCAGCUCUAUAUGUCCGAUCUAAACAACGAAGACAUUAGGUUUCUGAAAAAGGGAUACAUGCAGAUAUUGCCGUUUCGGGAUCGCGCUGGUCGAAGAAUCCUUGCGAGUCUCGGGUCGUUAGGUGGCUUUGAAUACUCAAUGGAAACGAAGGAACGAGUUGCGAUCUAUAUUUGUCAUGCAAUUUUGUCCGAAGAUGUUGUGUCUCAACGCAAGGGGGCUGUAAUGCUGGGGCUGCUAAACGAAGAAGCCAUCGAAAGCAUUCGAAUGAUAAAGAUGUCAAACACCCAUAAAUUCAUGCAAGCUAUGCCUCUACGUUUUUCUGGUCUCCACUCUUGCCUUCCCGAUGAUUUUCGAUUUCGGGUGAUUAAGGCCAUGGUGUUGCUCAUGAACAAAGGGGAUAAUCGUCACUUGACAAGAAUCCAUAUUGGUAAGUUUCUCUAGUCGGAUGCAGUCCAAUUAUAUUAUUGAGCAUUAUUCCAGUUUGUUUCACCUGCGAUACUGUACUGCCCUUUGAAUCCCACAUGGUUAUUUCAUUGAUUCCGACAAAAACUUGUGUUAGGGACACAAAUUGAGUGUGACUACAAGCUCCGUAGCUUUGGAAUUCCUACCGAGUUUAUCCCAAGAUCCUACACGGGAAAGAUCAAAGACAGCUACCACAAAACUUUCCUGAAGAUAAGAAUGGCCAUAGAUGCUCAUCGC